AGCUGAGUGACGGGGCACGAAGGCAGGAGGGGACCGCACGGCCGCAGCGCGCAGCACCAAUCCGUCCGAGGGAAUAUUGACAAUCCCGACAACGCACCCCGACUGAUACUUACCGCGGACCAGAGGAGGGAGGCUUGUCACCAUGGAAGGCUUAAUGGAGCGGCUGGAGCGAGCUGUGAAUCGCCUGGAGAAGUUGUCCGUCACCAUGCAGCCGUCCGGCGGCAUGGCGAACGGGGGCUGUGUCAACGGCAUCGAUGGAGGUUUGUCUCAGUGUGUGGAGGCCUUCGACGUCUUACUGGAAGGUCCAGUGUCAGACUACCUGAACAACAGCCGAGCCUUAGGAAGCGAAGUGGAGAAACACGCCGAGAUGGUAAACAAAGCCCUGCAGACUCAGAGGACUUUGCUCAAGAUGGCUGCCACACACCAGGAACCUGCACAGAUGGAGUUUCAUGACCUGCUGAAGCCAAUUUCAGAUCACAUCCAGGAGAUCCAGAGCUUCAGAGAAAGAAACCGGGGCAGCAGCUUCUUCAACCACCUGUCGGCCAUCAGCGAGAGCAUCCCCGCUCUGGGCUGGGUGGCUGUGAGCCAGAAGCCGGGUCCCUAUGUGAAGGAGAUGAAUGAUGCCGCCACCUUUUACACCAACAGAGUGCUGAAGGACUACAAGGAAACCGACAGACGUCAUGUAGACUGGGUGCGUUCCUACUUGUCAAUCUGGACCGAGAUGCAGUCCUUCAUCAAACAGCACCACACUACAGGCCUGGUGUGGAGCAAGACCGGCCCCAUUGCUCCUCCUUCUCUCUUUGACCCCCCGACUGUCGCCGGCGCUCCCUGUCCCCCACCUCCCCCUCCUCCUCCCCCAGGCCCUCCUCCAGUCUUUACUGAUGAUGACUCCCAGCCCCCGGCGGGUGGUGCAGGAGCCCAGCACUCAGCGCUGUUUGCUCAGCUCAACCAGGGCAUGGACAUCACUAAAGGUCUGAAGCAUGUAUCAGAUGACCAGAAGACCCAUAAGAACCCCAGUCUGCGUUCACAAGCAGCUCAGAGUAAAACGACGUCCCCAGGGACGGUGAACUCACCCAGAGCAGCCGUCCAGAAAAGACCCCCUAUGCUGGAGCUGGAGGGAAAAAAAUGGCGGGUGGAGAACUUUGAGCAGAAACAUGACCUGGUGAUCGAGGAGACGGAGCUGAAACAAGUGGUCUAUGUCUUUAACUGCAGCAACUCCACCUUGCAGAUUAAGGGCAAAAUUAACUCCAUCAUCCUAGACAACUGUAAGAAGCUGGGUUUGGUUUUUGAGAACGCAGUUGGGAUCGUGGAGAUCAUCAACUCCAAGUCAAUUCAGUUACAGGUGUUGGGAACAGUUCCCACCAUUUCCAUCAACAAGACAGAGGGCUGCCAGGUCUACCUGAGUAAGGACUCCCUCAACUGUGAUAUCGUCAGUGCCAAGAGCUCUGAGAUGAACAUCCUGGUACCACAAGGAGAUGACGAUUAUAGAGAGUUUCCAGUACCGGAGCAGUUCAAGACUGUUUGGGAUGGGUCCAAACUGGUGACAGAACCCACUGAGAUCGCAGGCUGAUUGAUGCUUCAUUGUCAUCACGUUUUUUUUUUUUAAUAAUCUCUCUGUCCCCCUGAUUUCAUU